GCAAAUUUAAACCUGGGUUCUUUACCACUUAGACCGAAAUCUAAUGAUUAACAAAACACGAGGACCACGUGUUACGUAGAUAAACCUUACUGUACCGCUAAGACGUCUUUUUUCAGUACUCUGCCAGAAAAAUACGUAAGCAUUUCUGCGGAUACAUAGUUUCCGACGCCUCAAGCGUACCUGUGAAACGUUUAGUGGUUAUUUUGACUUCAUCCAAAAAUGCGUCGGCAUGUUUGGGGACUUCAAAAGGCGGAAGUGGGGAGGAGUGAAUCAUAAAGUCGACGCAACACACCCACCGAGCAGAACCCUGCGUGUUCGUACAAGACUUUUAUCUGUCACAGCAAUGUAACGGGCUGUACCGUUAUAAACCACAUCCAAGGGGUGUAAUUUUAAACUAGGGCGUCAAUAUAUUGAUGAUUUUACGAUAACUUUUGAUUUUACAUUCAGGCUUCGAACUCGCUACCUAAAAGCGGGGUCUUUCACUUCACCGUCGCGACUCUGAGAACUUACUUAACCGAAACUGUUUAAAAGUGACACUCUCGCGUGUAAAUGUGAUAAUUACUGACGCUUCACCUUAGCGCUGUAACUUUGCUGCUCUGAGUCAUGCUUUCACCCGAUUGGCAGUUUGACAGGCGCGUGCGAAAUGAGCUGUGCCAUUAUGUCCUUCCAAUACAUCUUCACUGGUCAUUCUAUGUUUGCCCUGGAAGUCCCAUUUUGACCCGUUCUCUGUCACCCACCCACCCACAGAGGUGUGUCCAUUCUGCGGGAAAACGUACAAAAGGUUGAAGAGCCACUUGCCACAUUGCAAGGCAGCUGCUGCCUCUAAAGCGCCACCAUCCAAACCAGAUGUCACAGCAAACCAGACAGCAUUGUCUUCUCAGCUGGACUCGGUUUUGUCCAGAGCAACAGCAAAGGGAAGGAAGUCAUCAUCAUCAGUCAUAACAGAUCUACAAGGACAGACGCGUAAAAGGGACACAGCAUCAGGACCAUCAAAUGCGACAUCUUCAUCACCACGAACAUCAUCAUCCAUGACAUUACUUUCACCAACUACGAAGAAGAAACAAAAGCUGGUUGAUCAAAUAAAGACAAGCACCCUUUUGUUAUCUCCAUCUCCAGCUCUGCCCCCCACCACUUCUAAACCAAAAAAGAAGAGUCUCCGUGCAUUGAUAGAAGCUGCUAAGUAUGACCAAAUUACAAAGGAAUCACUAAAGGUGUCUGAAACAGAACCAACUCUAAGCUCCAGAAACACAGCUCAGACAGAGCCCAAAACUAUCUCAGGCAAAGACUAUGCCCAUCUGUCUGCAGACGCUAAACCCAAAGAUGCACCUAAGAAGACGCCAAAGACAAAGAAUUAUGUUAAUCAGAUGCUUUCCACAACCAAACAGAGUGAAAGUAGCACAAAAUUCCCAGAGAAAAGACACAAGUUUUCGGAGGAUGGCAAGCAGGAGAUUGAGGAUUCAUCCAUGAAUAAUUUUGUUUUGAAGUUAGGAAAUGGCCACCAGGCAAAGAUCACCCUCCAGGAUGUUAAAGCCACAUUAGGCCGAGCUAGAUCGCCUCGUCAGUCCAGCAGGCCGAGCAUCCUGAGCCAAAUUCAAACUAAUGACAACCUGUGCAGUAAAAUCGGAGUCGAUACAGGUGUUGGACCAGCUCCACUUUUAGAAGAUAAUCAAAAGUAUGUUGCAACUCAGUCUGAUGAGCUGCUGAGCCCUAGCCCACAACAUGCAGGCCUAAAAUCAGAUAAGAAAAUAACCUCAAAGACUAAACAACUGGCUUUAGUCCCUCUGCGAGAUGUGCCAGAAUCAACCCCUCCUACAGCUCCCUUCCUGCGUGCGUCAUCUCAGCAGUGGCAAGCUAUGCCUCCUCCAGUCAACCUGAAUGAGGGGCUGAAGGUGAGCCAUCACAUGACAGGCCUCCUCACAAAAUCGGCACCAGUGGGUCAGUUUUCCAGCCUUCUUUCCCCUCUUGUAUCACAAAGUCUGCCAGUGAAGGUGGAGACAGUGGAGAAGCCUGAGGUCAGGAAGCAAAGCACUGCUGAAAAUCCAAACGAAGGAGCUCUGACACACCGGAGUCUUGGACAGGUGAGACUGAGGGAAUUACCUAAAUGGCUUGCCUGCAAAGCCCCAAGCCAUCCAAAAGAUGCUGUGGGAAUGUUGCAAAGAGGCUGGCAGUGGUAUUACAGGCGGUAUAUUGAUGUGAGGAAAGGAGGUGUAGGUGGACUGGGCAUGUUGUUAGCAGGAUACUGCGUGCUCAGCUACAUCUGGAGUUACCGCCACAUAAAGCUUGAUCGCUGGAGGAAGUAUCACUAAGGGUCAAGGAAAGAUACUUGAAGCAGCAGCAUUGACAAAGAAAAGUCUCAGAACUUCAGGACUCCAUAUGAUGAAUUUGCACAGCAUUUAUAACUGAGAAACUGGUACCGUUACUUGUCAGCAUGUAAGCCCUUCCCUUCAGCCAAUUUUGUGUAUUCUGUCACCAGCAUACAUUGUGGGAGCACUAUAUAGUAAAUGAUAAAUAGUGAAGUAAGUGCAAAAGUGCCUUAAACUGAAUUCUUUGUAGUGACCACAAGUGUACAACUCUUCUGGUUGGAAAACAAGUACAGGUGUAUAGAAGUCUAUGUCAAUUCUCCAGUGAGUUUAGGGUCUCAGUAGCUAGUUUCAAGCUUGAUUGAAUGCAACAUGCUUAUUUUUUUAAUUAAAUGGUCACUUCCAUAUAAGCAUACAGUUCCCCCUCAAUUCAACCCCAGAUACACUCAUGACAACAGGACAAAUGCUCAUCUCUAAGCUUCACAUUGGGACUGCGUUGACUUCAUAGUGCUUCUAGAGUUUUUCUAGAAGCAAGUCUUGCCGUUGGGUUCUUGUUUGGGCAGUUUCAUUUCAGUGGUCACUGGGACAUAAAACUGCAUGUGUGGUAUCACCAGUCAGAUCUGAUAAAACUGGCUUAAUCCUGAUGACUUUUCCCCAAAAUAAGCCUUUUUUGUUUCCCUGUUUGUCCUACUACCUUGUUUGCUUUUGCUGAAUUUUCCCAGAUAUUUAUAUUUAGAAUUGGGUGUUGUGUGUUUCUUUCAGUCUCUCUGGUUGUCCAUCUUUUGUAUAAAAUCUAAAAGCAUAUGUUAUGAAGACAGAUUGAAUGAUUAUGAAUUUUCCUAAUUAAAUGAAUUGCAAAUGAAUACAAAACUAAAACAUGUAACUUUCUAUCUCUAGGUGACCAGGAUAAGAGUAGUUUCAUUCUUAUCUGUAUAAGGUUUCUAAAAUGAAAGCUUGUCAUGCUAAAUUGUAUUAUUUUAAAAUGCUUAUGUUUUUGUAUGUUUCUUUUAUUAUUCCUGUCUUAAUUUAUUUCAUGGAGAAAAUGUUAAAAAAAUAAGUAAUUGCUUUAAAAAAAAAACCCAGCUUUUUUAAGGGUCAAAACAUUUUUACUCAUCAGUGACCACUGUGUGCUCCAGACAUCCACUAGCUGUCACUGUUGGGUUAUGUUACUUGAACCAAAGGGGGCUGGGCAGUCUAAUGUCUGCUGUGCAGUUUUCUCAGCUCUUUUGUGUAGAGGCAUCGGUGCUGGAGUCCAUAAAAGGAUUAAAGAGAACCAACAGAUUUCUAACUUGAUAAAAUAUUACUUUGGCAGCUGUGAUGCAGAGAAACAUGAAAUCUAAAUGUCAUGACAUCAAUGAAAAGAUCAUAUCUGUGCAGCAGAGGGUAACAAAUCUGGUUUUCCUUUGCCACUGCUUCCUCUGUCACAUGAUGUGAUUAUGCAUGCUUAGUCCAUCAGUGCCAGUGUGUGAACCCUCACAGAAUAGCAAUGGAGGGAAAUUGAAGGAGGUUUUCAGCCGGACUGGACCAGUUCCUUGUUGUACACAAAAUGAAUUUAUUGUUGAAUCUCCUAACUGCUGUAUUGAACAAAUACAAAUAAAGAAACAACAGCAUUUUCUUUUGUAAUGACUUUACUGACACUGCUUCUUAGUCAAC